UUAGUCUCCGAACGGAGUGUGGGGCUGGUGAUAUUUCCUUGUACGUGUAGUUUGGGAGUGUGACUCUUGCGCCAGGGAAGCGCUAAGAUUUUUAAUUCAUAUUUACAGCAGUGCACUUGUUUACAUCCCGGAUCAUUUCCUGCGUUUUGAUGAAGGCGCCAUGCGCGCGGACCUGCUCGCGCUGCUGUGUGUGGCGAUGCUGGGCGCGUGCCUCACACAGGCUCUAACGAGGGGACGAAAACUUCACACCUGCAGGCAGCUCAGAUCAAGGAGAGAUGCUUCAAGAACAGAGGAAGGAAUCCAAAAAUCUGGAAGUCUCAUUCUGAAAAGGAGCCCUGACAUCACCAAGGGCUCAGUGCCGAAAUCGGAGCACGUCCUCCGUAUAGAUGACCAUGAUUUCACAAUGCGGCCUGGCUUUGGAGGCCCCGCUGUUCCUGUGGGUGUGGAUGUGCAAGUUGAAAGCCUGGACACUAUCUCUGAAGUGGAUAUGGACUUCACCAUGACUCUGUACCUGAGACACUAUUGGAAAGACGAGCGCCUGUCCUUCCCAGGCAAGACCAACCAGAGCAUGACUUUCGAUAGCCGGUUAGUAAAAAAGAUCUGGGUUCCUGACAUGUUCUUCGUCCACUCCAAACGCUCCUUCAUCCACGACACGACAACCGACAAUGUCAUGCUCAGGGUCUAUCCGGACGGCAAAGUACUCUACAGCGUCAGGGUCACCGUUACAGCUAUGUGUAACAUGGACCUCAGCCACUUUCCUCUUGACACCCAGACAUGCUCACUUGAGAUCGAAAGCUAUGCAUACACUGAUGACGAUCUGAUGCUGUACUGGAAGAAAGGGAAUGACUCUUUGAAGACAGAUGACAAGAUCUCACUCUCUCAGUUCCUCAUCCAGGAGUUUCACACUACCUCAAAACUGGCCUUCUACAGCAGCACAGGUUGGUACAACCGUCUGUACAUCACAUUCACCCUGAGACGGCACAUUUUCUUCUUCCUGCUGCAGACCUACUUUCCUGCUACUCUGAUGGUCAUGCUGUCCUGGGUGUCCUUCUGGAUUGACCGGCGCGCUGUCCCUGCCAGAGUUCCUCUCGGCAUCACUACAGUGCUCACCAUGUCCACCAUCAUCACAGGCGUAAACGCGUCCAUGCCCCGAGUGUCCUACAUCAAAGCAGUAGACAUCUACCUGUGGGUCAGCUUCGUCUUCGUCUUCCUUUCUGUCCUCGAGUACGCAGCCGUUAACUAUCUGUCCACUCUGCAGGAACGCAGAGAGAGGAAGCUCAGAGAGAGGCUGCCAUGCACGUGCGGGAUGUCUCAAGCGAGCCACAUGAUGUUGAGCAGCAGCUACAGCGAGAUGGACACCAUGACCACUGGUCACUACGGUGUGUCUGAGGUGAAUGGAGACAAGCGAGAGCACAUGCUGGUGCAGUUGGCCAUGGACAAGGAGCAGGAUGCUCACGGCCGAGCCGGAAAGUCUCGCUCCUACAGCAGAGUCUGGAUCGACACCCACGCCAUAGACAAGUACUCACGUGUGAUCUUCCCCGGAGCUUACACAGUCUUCAACAUCAUAUACUGGUCCAUUUAUUCUUAACAGCAGCUGCUGCUCACAGCAGCAAGUACAGAUUUUAUUCAGACAGUGUUAUCAUGAUGAAGAUACUCUUCAGUGUCAUAACUUAGUCAGUUUGUACCAACAGCUACAAGUCCUGAUAACCUGAUCAUCUGGAGGAGAGAUGUAACGGAAUAUGACUACAUUAUUUACAGAUAAUGUGUUCUAACAGAUACAAAUACACAUACUACAAUAGGUAGGUGGCACACUAUUCGUGUGAUCAGAUACAUUUUGGGAAACUAAAUUAGCUGUAAAUGCUGCAGGAUGACACAAACAACAAUGCAGGUUUAGGUCUCACCCACUUUGGGAUUUAAUAUGAAUACUACAGACACUAUUGCUACAGAUAUAAAUAUCUGUAUAACACAUACACAUACAAUUGUAGCAAUGUGUUGCAUCCCUUUUCUGGAGGAGCCAGGAUUUGCAGAUUUGAAGAGGAAAAAAAAGAAAGCCUUUAUUAGUUGUAGUACAAAGACAUGUUUUUUUUUGCAUAUUCCUUUGGGUGUAGGGAGCAGAUAGCGUUAGGGGCCAUGCUUAGGGGCCCAAAAGUGUGUCCAUUUCACAGAAAAGCAGAGUGGAAGAUGCCAGACUCUUACAUUUCAUACACCUCCACUGCAUUCCAAUAGUAUUGCUUUUCCACUAUCCCCAUUGCCAUUUCAGGGGCCAAUAUUUUUAUUUCCACUGGUGAAGAGACUGAGCACUUUAUUCGGAACACCUGUAUUUUUACAUCAUGUGUCAGCAUUGCAAGGCAUAACAUCAUGCAGAUAUGGACCAGCAGCUUCAGGUAAUGUUCAGAUCAAAAACGUGAUCUUAAUGAUUUUGACCAUGGCAUGAUUGUUGGUGCCAGACUGGCUAGUGUGAGUAUUUCUGUAACUGGUGCUCUCUAGGGAUUUUCACCCACAACAGUCUCUAGAGUUUAGAGUUGGUGCAAUAAAGAAAAAAAUAACAUCUAGUGUGCAGCAGUUCUGCAGAAGGAACCGCCUUGUUGAUGAGAGAGGUCAGCUGAGAAUGGUCAGACAGGUUCAAGCUGAUGAAAUGGCUACAGUGACUCAUAUUUUCUCUCCCUACAAUUGGAUUGAUAGAAUGCACAACACGUUAAAACUUUAGGCAGAUGAACUAGAAUAGCACGUCAAGUUCCACUUCAGUCAGACAAGCACACAAAGCUGAGGCUACAGUGGGCAUGGGCUCAUCAAAACUGGACAGGUGAAGACUGGAAAACUUAGCCUGGUUUAAUGAAUCUGAAUUUCUGCUGCGGCACACAGAUGGAAAGGUCAGAAUUUGGUGCCAACAGCAUGAAUCCAUGGCCUUGUGAAAAUAAUCCAGAAAGUGGUAUAAUGGUGUGGGGUUUUCUUGCCACACUUUGGACCUGUUAAGACAAAUCAGUCAUGGCGUGAAUGCCACAGCCGAUUUUAGUAUUGUUGAUGGCCAUGUGCAUCCCUUUAUGGCACUGCUUACCUUCUAAUCCCUACUUAAUGCACUAUGUCACAAAGAAUAAGUCAUUUGAACACCUUUGGGAUGUGGAAGAGUGGGAGAUUGAGAGCAUGAAGGUGCGUCUGAAAAAUCUUCAGAAUGUGUGACCAAGUCAACCAUUUCAACGAAUCUCAAAGGAAUGAUUACAAUAUCUUGUGGAAUCCAUUCCAUGAAGAACUGAGACAGUUUUGAAAACAAAGGUAGCCCCGACCAGUAUUAGUAUAGUGUUCCUAAUAAAGUGCUUAGUGAGUGUAGCUGAGCCCUUAGAAGGCAGAAAAGGGUUUGUGUCUGCAUCAAACUAGAUUCAGGAACUUACCCUGAUAUGCCAUUUUAGGGCCACAGUUUAACAUUGUAUUAGAAACACUGUUUUAAGACUAAAAUUGUAAUAUUUCUGAGAUAAAGUAAUAACAUACACAUACAACCCACACACACAUGCACACAAAACACCUACACAACGCACCCACAAACAUAACAAACAUGCUACACACGCAGCAUUUUUAACACAUACACAUCUCACACACAACAGACUGAUGACAUUCAGUGCAUGGGUAUUGUAUGUCAUGACGUGUUUAUUGUAUUUGUACCUAUACUGUAUGUGCAUUGAAUUUGACACAACCAGCACAACCAGAGAUUUCUGUAAAUUCCUUCUUAUCAAGUGUACAGAGAAAUGUGCAAGAACGUAACAGCUGCAUAUUUGACACGAAGGAAAUCUAUAGUGAAUGUCAUUGCCAGAAAACUCUUAUAAGGAACACACACACACACACACACACACAUAUAUAUAUAUAUAUAUAUAUAUAUAUAUAUAUAUAUAUAUACACACACACUGAUAAGGCAUAUCAUUAUGACCACUGAGACUGAUGAUCUCCUCAUCAUGGCACCUGUUAGUGGUGGCAGUCCAAAACUGCAGCUCUUGGGGGUAUUCUUGCCUGCAGGGGUGAAUAUCUAUCAAAAGUGGUCCAAGGAAGGAACACUGGUGAACUGGCCACAGGGUCAUGGGCGAAGAUGCACUAUGGGAAGAAGGCAAGCCGGUGGAGGCAGUGUCGUGCUUUGGGCAAUGUUCUGCUGUGAAACCUUCAUAUGGAUGUUACUUUGACAUGUACCACCUACCUAAGCAUUGUUGCAGACCAUGUACACCAUUUCAUGGAACCGGUAUUCCCUGAUGGCUGUGGCCUCUUUCAGCAGGAUAAUGCGCCGUGCAACAGAGGAAAAAUGGAUCAGGAAUGGUUUGAUGAGCACAGUAACGAGUUUGAGGUGUUGACUUGGUCUCCAAAUUCCCCAGAUCUCAGUCCAAUCCAGCAUCUGUGGGAUGUACUGGACAAACAAGUCCGAUCCAUGGAGGCCCCACCUCUCAACUUACAGGGCUUAAAGGAUCUGCUGCUAACAUCUUGGUGCCAGAUACCACAGCACACCUUCAGGGAUCUAGUGGAGUCCAUGCCUCGACAGGUCAGGGCUGUUUAGGUAGCAAAAAGAGACCAACACAAUAUUAGGCAGGUGGUCAUAAUGUUAUACCCAAUCGUUGUAUAUUCCCUACAAAAUAUAUUGUGCAAAAGUUGUAGAUGUGAAGAAAUGCUAAAGUAAGAAUGCUUUCAAAAAUCUAUAUUUUAAUUGUUUUUUUUUUUUAUCAAUUUACAAAAUGCAAAGUGAGUGGACUGAAGAAAAAUCUAAAUCAAAUCAGUAUUUGGUAUGACCAACAAAUCCCUCAAAAACUGCAUACAAGUAUACCAAGUAGAAUUAAUGCUGUGGGUCACAGCCAAAUACUGAUUUGAUUUUCUAAUAAAUAAUGUUAAAAUAAACUAUUAACACUUCUAUUUUUGAAAGAAUUCUUCCUAUACAGCAUUUUUUCACAACUGCCUAUAUAUAAGUUUGUGUAGAUCUGUGAAUGUGAAAAUUAAAUGCAUGCCUGAAUGCAUGGGUCACAUGCUUAAAGACACCAUUUUGUUGAAGUGUACAAAACAUUGCCACACUUGGUGUAUUCAUGCAUAAAGUGAAGGGAAAUAAGUAUUUGGAUGUCUUCAUUUUCUUCAUUUAAUAAACUUCAUUGUGUGCAUUCGUGAGCAUGUUUAAAGUGUUUCCUCUCCCAUAGAAACCUGUUAAGAAAACACUUAACGUGACUAAACACACCUGUAUACUCCUUUAAACGUACCUACUUACCUUAUACACCUAAUAACACUGCCUUUAUCACGUUCAGCGCUUUCUUUAUA